UGUAUAUUUAACAUAAUGUUUCUUUGUUUCAGUAAUAACAGCUACUACAUCUGGUUUCCGUUUCUGGCGGAAAAAUUCGCUUCUGGUUUCUCGUCAACAGACGGGAACUCAACUGUGGAACAGGUCAACGGCCUGUGCAGCAUUAUCGUCAGCGAGCAUCAGGCUGCCGUCAGUGGUGCAACCUGCUCAAGUACCGUGGAUCUGAGCUUGGUCUGGUCCAGCCUCGCACAAGGAGCCAGCUUCGUGGUUAUUCUCCUGCUGAUCACUAAGAUAGCAUAUCGCAAGAAAUUAUUGAUGAUUAUCAUUCUCUCGAUAUCUGGCUUCUCGACCCUGGGCGCGGUGGUCAUCAAUGACAGCAUCACCAGUUUUAUCAUGUACUUCGGGCUGCUAUUCAAUGAAUUGUGUACAGGAUUCAUUUUCUCGUAUUUUGUAGAUCUUUACCCGACUUCGUAUAGAGGCACAGCGGCGUGCGUGGGUGUGAUGGUGGCUCGGGCUGGUGCCCUCGGCGGCGUGAACAUCCUCGGUGCCUUCUUGAUGUCCCACUGCACUGCCACCUUCUAUGGCACGUUCGCGUUAAUGCUUAGUACCGUUGCCGUGUCCUUCUUGUUGCCUCCAGACAAAUCGCUUAAUAAAACUGUUAGUACUUAAA